GGAUCUUUUUAAGUGGAAAAGUAAAUAGAAGCCGCCUCUCUUUUAGAGAAGAAAGAUUAAAAGACCUUCCUAAACCCUAAACAGUUCAUUUGAGACGAGAGGAAAACCCCAGAAAAGAACCAGAAAGGCCUUUCUCGUCUCUCACCUUCCCCUCUCUCUUUUCAAGAUCUCUGGAUUGUAUUUUGGGUUUCUUCUUAUUCACUUGCUUAUACUCAUACCUUUCCUCUACUUACAGAAUUCAGAUCAAGGGGGGGUAGGAGUAGAAAGUAGAGAGGACUUUCUCUUUCUCAUCCUCUCCUCCAUAGGCAGAUCAGAGCUUUAAAGAGGAUGACACUUUCUGAAAGGUGAAAGCAGUUAAAGAAGAUCUCACUCGAUUUUGGAUUUUCCCUUCAUGGGUUCUCUUUCAGGAUCCUCUUAAAUUUUGGGUAUGUAACUUAAGUUAGAGAGACAGAGAAGAAGAAGAAGCAGCAGCAGCUAUAGCCAUGGAUUCAAACAGUGGAAGCUUACAGUCCUCAAGCGGUGGAGAUGAAGAAUAUGACUCACGCAGCGAAUCCAUCUCUGCUUUCUUGAACCCAACCGGCCAAGUCCCUUCCUUCUCAUCAAACCCCUCUCACCACCACCACCACCACCACCAAACCCACCUUCCAUCAUCGUCCUCUUCACCUCUGUUUGAACCUCUACCGAAUUAUCUCGACCCCUUCUCGAGAUCGCUGCCGCCUACUUCAAAUUCUCUGCUAAAUCUAGACAUGGUGUGGCCCAGAGGCCUAAGAUCUGAACCCACUUGCACCGAAUUCCCAACCGGGAACCUCAUGAACCCCUCCUCUUCCCCGACCCAAACCCAACCAGUCCCGGCCGGUCGAGUUGGCCUUUUCCCAAGCUCAUCGUCGCAGCUACCAUUGCAUCCCACACCGGAGAACUGCUCAAGACCUUCAGCUUCAUCGGACCAAACCAACCCAGUACGCAACUCAAAGAAACGAUCCAGAGCUUCUAGAAGGGCACCCACUACUGUUCUGACCACCGACACGUCAAACUUCAGGGCGAUGGUGCAGGAAUUCACCGGAAUCCCUGCGCCGCCCUUUUCGGCUUCGCCAUUCCCUCGAAGCAGGCUUGAUCUCUUCAGCACCGCCGCCACCACCACCAUGAGGUCCUCCCAUCAUUUAGACCCUCAUCCUCCGCAUUAUCUCUUACGCCCAUUUGCACAGAAGCUUCACCCAUCUUCUACUUCUUCUCCUUCCAUAGUUGACGUUAUUGCUUCCGCUGCUAACCCCACCGGAAACACUACCGGCGCCCCGAUUUUGACCGCCGCCGGUUCAACUUCCACUAAUAACCAUCACCUUCUCUCUGACUUGGGCCUCACGAAACAAACACAAAACCUACUAAACAUGCAGAACCCCAUGCUCACGUUCCAGUCUCUUCUACAGUCUUCUGGCCCUCCUCCUCCAAGAUACCCAUUAACCAAUGUACAAGGUUUUGGCACGAAAUCACAAGGGUCGUUAACGAUUCCAUCGAUGGAUUCAUCACAGCUUAGAAUGGGAACCACAGUGGGGGAAGAUUUCACGAUAGGUGGUCAUCAUCAAGGAAUGGGGCUCAACGACGUCGAUCAAUCUCAAUCUCAAUCUCAAUCUCAAUCUCAAUCUCAAUCUCAAGCUCAAGCUCAAGCUCAAGCUCAAGCUCAAGCUCAAGCUCAGUUGAAGACAUUUAAUGGGAAUGGGGCGAGUAGUAGCUGCAAGAUGAACUACUCCACUUCAUCUUCAGAGUUCCAAGUAGAGAAGGGUUCGGAUAAUGUUUCUUCAAGAGGUGAAGGUAUGGUGGAUUCAUGGAUUUGCUCUUCAGAUUAGCAACUAUUAUUAAGUAAAGAAGAAGAAGAAGAAAAAAAAAAAGAAAAAAAAAAGAAUCAUAUAAUGAUGAGGGUGAUGAAAAGAAGGAGAAGCUUUGUCUCUUCUCUUUCUCUCUCUAUCUUUUAACAACCACAGCAGCAACCCUAUUAUUUCUUAAUUAUAUGUACAUAUGGUUUCUUUCUUAUCUUCGUUUCUCCAUAAUUCUCAUCAUACCCAAUCCAUAUAGGUUGAAUUCAGAGUUUCAGACACGAUGAUGAUGCAAAUUUUGAUCUUUAAUUAUGUUGUUUCUCUCUCUACUGUAAAAUUACUGUCUCUGCUA